AUGGCCUACCUCACACUGCCGCCGGAGUUUGUUCCGGAAGCGAAAACCGUCAUCAAUUGGGUCAUGUCGUUCACGCCGCUGGUGUCGUACGGAACGACCUUGCUCAGCAUCCGCCGCAAAAAAUCCUCCAAGGGUUUUUCUAUAGACAUCUGUGCGACGAUGCUCAUUGCAUCAACACUUCGGAUCUUCUACUACAUCAACGAGCCGUUCGAGAUCAGUCUUCUUAGACAGUGUUUUGUCAUGAUCUUCAUACACGUCCUCUUGCUGAGGGUGGCCAUCAAAUACAGAGACCCUGCCGAGACGGCGUAUCUGCGGUACGAGGAAUCAUGGCCCGAGUUUUUCAGGUCGGCGUGGAACGCUGCCUGGAAUCCCACGGACGAGGGUUCUGUUUAUGGCGACCCUUUAGAAAAAGCCUCGAACGCGGCUGUGCAAUACGUCAGACGGGUAUCUGACUUUUGCGGCCGGCUUUUCCUCCGGUUACUGUUUCUGUACGACGCCCGCUACAUCAGGCCGUUCAGGUUCUGGCAGUGGGACGGGUAUUCGCAAUACAUGCAGUUCCUCGGGGGCUUAGUGCUAAGCUUGACUGCGGUCCAGCUCGUAUUUGGCAAGACCGAGUGGCUGGGGCUGGUGUUUGCAUCCUGCUCGUUUCUAAUAGAGAGCACGUUGCCGCUGCCGCAGAUCCUGCUAUUUCAGCGGUCGAGAACCGUGGAAAACUUCAAAACCAUACUUCUGCUCAGUUGGCUGGGUGGAGACCUCACGAAAAUCAGCUACCUGGUGUACGGCACAGAUAACGUGGGUUUUAUUUUCGUGGCUGCUGCUGUCUUCCAGAUGAGUCUGAAUUUGGUCAUCACAUACCAGUUCUUCUACUUCAAACACAUGGACACGGUUAAUUCGCGGCAGGUGAUUCCGCUAAGCCACGCCAAAGAGGAGAUCCCGAUGGAAGAGUUCCGUGCUCCAGCCACAUUUUCUGCCUCGUCGAGCCGCGGCCCAUUUUCUCCGAUCUCAUCGUCGCAGUUCCCGUCUCCGGCCACCACGCCGAUCCUGAACCCCAAAAUCGACCAUACGCGUUCCAGAUCAAGCACAUUCAACGAGCAUGAAGCGAAAAUCAACAAAAGUCUGCGCAAGGCGAGCCUGAGCAGCAGCGUCAACCUGGAGACGAUGAAGGAGCAGAGUAGCAAACUAAAUUAUUAA